CCAAUCAGCUGCAAGGGGAGGGGCAGGUGUGAGAAAAACAACAGGCAAUCUGUGAUUGGCUGCUCAGGCUACUAGGAUUGUAUUAGCUGCUGCAUGACAAAAGGUGCGUAGGAGCCAGGAAUAAUAGACUUGUAUUGUAUCAGCUACAGAAUCUAGAAUACAAUUUGCCUGCUGUCUUCAUUUAUCAAAUACAGCAAGCAAAAGGUAAGCCUGUUUAUUUGGUGUGGGGGUGGGCAAUGUUACUAGAUAGCAAACUGCCUGUGUUUUUACAAUAAGAAUUGAUUCUAUUGAAUUACUGAGGUUCGGGAGACUCCAUUGAAAUGCUUUUGAAACGGGUUUGAAACUGGGAUUGCAGAACUCAGUUGGGAAGAGAUUGCACUGCAACCAGGAGAGCUACAAACCCUCAGGAUUGUCAAUCAGGGUGCACCACAAUGCGUUGCAAUGGCGUGUUGGCUCUCACCUGGGCCUCCCUGUUGAUCCUGGCAACGCUCACUCCCGUGGUCCAAUCACGAGGCGGCAGGGGCGGGUUCAGAGGAGGCGGGCUGAGAGGGCGAUUCGGGGGUGGAUACAAGCCCAUGGCCCCGCCCCCAGGGGGACAGCAUAUAAACCACGGCUCGUCCAAUUCAGGAAUGAAGAUGGCGGGCGCGGUGGCGGUGGGGGCAGUGGCCGGGGCGGCAAUGGGGUACGGGCUGGGGUCCGGGCUGGGGUCCAUGGGGAGACCACGCUUUCACCAGAGGUACGGAGACGACUUCUCGGAGGAGGAUCAGCGCGGUUACUACCCCGACCCCAUGAAUGGAAAUCGCUCCAUGAUGCUUUAUGAAGAUCAGUACCGCAACGAGGCUGGACAGCACACUGCCAGCGUGAGCAGCCUGCUGGGAUCCCUCACCCUGGGGCUGCUCGGGACCUGGAUGAAGGCUUGAGGGGCUCAAUGCAAUUAUAGCCAGGUUAUAUUGGACAUGGCAGGGGUGGAAAUAAGACUCCCUAUUGCAUAGCAGUUUCACCCAUUCCAGACUGGGUCAAAGUGCUACGCAAUGGGA